UCCAAAACCAAGUCGGUCAAUCGGCCUCCUAUAAAUCAAAACCCCAAUUACCCCUUCUCCUCAAUAGUUCAUUCCAAGCAAUCUGAAAUCUCUCUAAUCAGUCAGACCUUCGAUUCCAAGCUUUCUUCCCAGCCUUCUCAAGAUGCAGAUCUUUGUUAAGACCUUGACCGGCAAGACGAUCACUCUCGAGGUCGAGAGCAGUGACACAAUCGACAACGUCAAGGCCAAGAUCCAGGACAAGGAGGGAAUUCCCCCCGAUCAGCAGAGGCUGAUAUUCGCCGGCAAACAGCUCGAGGACGGGAGGACCUUGGCAGACUACAACAUCCAAAAGGAGUCGACCCUUCACCUGGUUCUCCGUCUCCGUGGUGGGAUGCAGAUUUUUGUUAAGACCUUAACUGGAAAGACUAUUACUUUGGAGGUCGAGAGCAGCGACACCAUUGAUAAUGUCAAGGCUAAGAUCCAGGACAAGGAAGGGAUCCCUCCGGAUCAGCAGAGGCUGAUCUUUGCUGGAAAGCAGCUCGAGGAUGGGAGGACCUUGGCUGAUUACAAUAUUCAAAAGGAGUCGACCCUUCAUCUGGUUCUGCGUCUCAGGGGAGGUAUGCAGAUUUUUGUCAAGACCCUGACUGGAAAGACUAUUACUUUGGAGGUCGAGAGCAGCGACACCAUUGACAACGUCAAGGCUAAGAUCCAGGACAAGGAAGGGAUUCCUCCCGAUCAGCAGAGGUUGAUCUUUGCAGGUAAGCAGCUGGAAGAUGGAAGGACUUUGGCUGAUUACAACAUCCAGAAGGAGUCCACUCUCCAUCUGGUCCUUCGUCUGAGGGGAGGAAUGCAGAUCUUUGUGAAGACUUUGACUGGAAAAACCAUUACCCUGGAAGUGGAGAGCAGCGACACCAUCGACAAUGUCAAGGCUAAGAUCCAGGACAAGGAAGGGAUUCCCCCAGAUCAGCAGAGGCUGAUUUUCGCAGGGAAGCAGCUUGAAGAUGGCAGGACUCUAGCUGAUUACAACAUUCAGAAGGAGUCUACCCUUCACCUUGUCCUGCGAUUGAGGGGAGGCAUGCAGAUCUUCGUCAAGACCCUGACUGGGAAGACAAUUACCCUGGAGGUAGAGAGCAGUGAUACCAUUGAUAAUGUGAAGGCCAAGAUUCAGGAUAAGGAAGGUAUCCCUCCGGACCAGCAGAGGCUGAUCUUUGCUGGGAAACAAUUGGAAGAUGGAAGGACUCUGGCGGAUUACAAUAUCCAGAAGGAAUCUACUCUCCACCUUGUCCUGCGUCUCCGUGGUGGCUUUUAAGGGCGGCUCGCUAUAUCUGGUGCUGGUUUAUGAUUUCUUGACUGUUCAAGUUUCUGGUUUCUAUGGAUUGGUCGUUUCCAUGUUUCAUGUUCUCUUUUUAUCCUCAAGUACUAUGUUUGGUCAUGGUAAUGGCCUUUGAACAAUUAUGUCUGCUGGGUUUUGUUUCUUUGUUGAAUAAUUGAUGGUCGGAAUUGUUACCUUUUGUGUCUGUGGUGGAUUCCUACUUACUUUAUUGUGAUGUUUGCGAUUGUUGGUGUCGUUAUGAGCACAGAGCAGACUGUGUUUGCUGUCGACACCUUAUCUGUGCUGUUGCCAUUUCACUGCAUUAUGAUGGAAGUGGGCCAAGUCUUCUCUGUGUAUUGGUGCCCCCUAAUUACUUGUAAUCGUAUGUCAACCCAGUUUGAAGAUGGUUAACAACUUGA